AUGCACUGGACCCUGCUGAUGACCGGUUUUCUUCCCGUGGCACUCGCAGCCUCUGUGCCUCAGGAUAUUGAUAUUUCUGUGAGGGAUACUACGGCUUCGAAGAUCAUCAAUAUUCACCUCAAGUACCCUGAUGCGGCUUUCAAGGAACAUGUCUUCACUUACGGCAAUUGUAGUAGCCGUAGUUUCUCUAGCUCUCAGUUGACCAUUGCACAUGGUUCCGGAGGUGUGAAGUCUAGCGAAGAUACUCGAUUGGUUUGGGUCGUCCCCGAUGAUGUCUCCUCCGGAGGAUGCAUUAUGGCGUGGGAGCGGAACAAGAUCCUGAUCGGGCAGAGUGAGCCACUGGCUUUGGAAGGAAUCCUGCGACCCAAGUUGACCAAGAGGGACCGCAUUUCAAUGACAAACGAUUCUGGUAUCGAUGCAGAGGGCCCAUGGUCCAAUGGGGUUACCCUUCUCAAGAACCAAGAAAUUGGGACCAUUGAUGUAGGGAAGGCAAAAGCUAUCGGCAUUCUCGGAGCUGGAAUAUCGGGGUUGAUGACCUAUUUUCUCCUCAACAGCGUUGGCUUUACAAACCUUCAGAUCUCCGAGUCCACCGACCGAGUUGGAGGUCGCAUUUGGACGGAAUACUUCGAAUUGCCCGACUCAAAAUACCAAUACCAAGAGAUGGGAGCAAUGCGAAUUCCCAUCACCGCAACAUUUCCAAUGGGCAACGAGACUCUCACGUUGAACUUUUCUAGCCAUCAAAUUGUGUUUCAACUAGCAGACGCCUUAAAUGAGUUGAACAAACACGACGAAUCACUUGCCGUCGACUGGAUCCCCUUCAUACAGGACAGCAAUAAUGCCCUUUCCUUCAUUGAAAACAAAAGAAACGCAGACGGCUCAAUUCCGACCAUUGGCGAUGUUGCGAAUAAUAGCUCCCUCGGUGCUGCGUCCCUUCACACCCCCGAGUUAGACAAGUUGAUGGGACAAUUAGGCAAAAUCAUGUACGAUCCUUCGAUGAUCAACCUAAUUGCCAGUAACCUCUACGAGGCACACAAGAAAUUCAUGGACGUCGGUCGGAAUGGCAGGGGCGGAGACAAUUGGGCUCAGGGGAGCUACCUUCAUAAUGUAUUGGGCUUUGAUCUAAACACCACCGGUUUGGCUGGGGGACUUGCCUCUGCUUCUGCUUCUGCCCCGUUCUGGGUAAGUUUGUACGAUAACAUGUUUUUCUCUUCCAAGGAAUGGAAAACAAUUGACAAAGGCAUGAGUCGACUGCCAAACGCCUUCAAGCCGCUGGUCAAGGAUGAUCUCAAAUACCGCAGGAAGAUCCAGAAGGUCGAAUUUCUCGAACAUGAGAAGAAGGUGCAAGUUUCUUGGAAGAACCAUUACACUGACCGUCAGUUCCAGAAUACCAGUUAUGACUAUGCCUUUGUCGCCGUACCAUUUACCGUUGUUCGUAAAUGGGAACUUCCAGAGUUCUCUACAAUCCUCACCGACGCAAUUGCUCAACUCGGCUAUCAAUCUGCCUGCAAAGUGGCGCUGGAAUUCAAGUCACGAUUUUGGGAGCAUUUGGAGCAGCCGAUCUUUGGCCAUGCGGUUAUUCUCGGCAGUUACAACCAAGACGACUAUGGCUACCGCUGGGUUUCCACGCCCGAAAAGGAGCAUGCUCAGUACGCACUGGAUGCUUUUGCCCAGCUAAAUGGAGAUAUUGUGUACGGAGAAUACACUGGAAACUUCAGCCGUCUGUGUUGGUUAGAGGAAGAGUCCAAUGCGGGCGGCUCUUGGGCUUUUCCAAGUGUGGGUCAGCACGAGCUGUAUAUUCCAUCUUACUUCAACACGGAGAACAAUAUGAUUUUUAUUGGAGAACACACAUCGUACACCCACUCAUGGAUUGCCUCUGCUUUGGAAUCCUCCGUUCGUGGGACAGUACGGCUUCUGCUAGAACUUGGAUUAGUCGAUGAAGCAAAGGAAAUUACCAAGACGUGGAUGGGUAGAUGGGUUACUGUUUAG